AGUGCUCACAACCGGAGGAAGGCACAACUCUCACUGCGCGCGCCGCGGUCGGUUGUAGCAGCUCGCUCACACUUCGCUUACCCGUAUUCAGCUAACUACGAUAACUCAGUGUUCUGCCACACAGCUAUCUAUAUGCGCGUUACUACAUUUAUCGUGUAGUUUCACUCGAAAAUAUUAUGUGGAUAAGACAGUUAUAUUUGUGUUUUAAAUAAUAAGUGAAAUGUAUAGUUUGCCAUUUUAUACAAAAUUAUAUAUAACUUCGUAAUACUUCAUGAGGAUCUGAUUAAUUUCCAGCGUUAAAACAAAGUUUUCUACCUCGGUUCUUAGUCAUGGUUAAUAGAUUACCAUGGCUUCUUCAAUUGGUGAUCCUCAGCCUCACUACGAUUUCAAUAUCAGGUAAUCCAUUAUUUUUCAAAACAGGCAGAAACAUUAAGCCGGUUAUAAAAUGGAAUCAGCCAAUGGAUACAUGGGACUGGACGGAGAGCCCCAGGCAUGACGAAGCUGUGUUUAUGCCGUCUAACUUUACUCAUAAACUUCCACCAACGGCAAAUGAAACGGAACUUAUAGCUCACAUGGCUGCACUUAAACGAAAUUAUUCCCGGCUCCUUUGGGAUAGUGAUAAAAGCAGUAAUUUGCCUCUUUUCGUUGAUAAGGCCCUUAAACUACUUAACCUGAAACAAGUUUAUUACGAAGUAGAGCAUUCAGUAAUGUCUAAAGUUUCGUGUACUGCUUGUAAAGCUGGUGCGGGAUUACUUCAACAUUACAUGAGGCUGGGCAAAAGUAAAGAAGAAAUUAACAAAAUGAUAUAUCAGUUCUGUGUUUCAUUAAAUAUACAGUCUGCUAGAGUGUGCGAAGGAAUAACAAGAUUAUUUGGGAGUGAAGUAAUUUAUGUAUUAAAACGCAUAACCUAUGGUCCUGAUGAAAUAUGCAGUUUUGUAAUAGGCGAUGCAUGUGGCGAUGUUUAUAAUCCAUAUCACGAAUGGGAGGUGGCGUUCCCACCGGUACCGAAGCCCGCUAAAAGUGAACUUGAAGCGCCUAUUGAUAAAGCUCCGACGUUCAAAGUUCUUCAAAUAUCUGAUACGCAUUUUGAUCCAUAUUACGCUGAAGGUUCUAACGCAGAAUGCAAUGAGCCUCUUUGCUGUAGAGCAUCAAGUGGGCCAGCUCUGACUCCUGGUGGUGGUGCGGGUCGGUGGGGAGACUACCGCAAAUGCGACACUCCGAAACGCACUAUCGAUCAUAUGUUGAAACAUAUAGCGGAUACGCAUACCGACAUAGAUUAUAUUUUAUGGACUGGAGAUUUACCACCCCACGACGUAUGGAAUCAAACUAAAGAAGAAAACCUUAAGGUGCUUCAAGAGACGGUGGCCCAAAUGUCAGAUAUGUUCCCAGGUGUUCCAAUAUUCCCCGCUCUCGGUAAUCACGAAUCAUCACCUGUGAAUAGUUUCCCGCCUCCGUACAUUUCGUCACCAGAAUCGAACAUAGCGUGGUUGUACAACGAAUUGGAUGCGCAGUGGCGUCGCUGGUUACCAGCUGGAGUAUCACACACCGUCCGUCGUGGUGCUUUCUACUCUGUUCUUGUGCGGCCAGGCUUCCGCAUAAUUUCACUUAACAUGAAUUAUUGUAACAAUAAAAACUGGUGGCUUUUACUAAAUAGUACCGAUCCGGCUACCGAGCUGCAGUGGUUAAUAUACGAACUUCAAUCAGCUGAAUUCAGUGGCGAAAAGGUUCAUAUCAUUGGUCACAUUCCUCCAGGCCAUUCGGAUUGUCUUAAAGUAUGGAGUCGAAAUUACUACGCAAUAAUUAAUAGAUAUGAAGCAACUAUAACUGCACAAUUCUUUGGACAUACACAUUUUGAUGAAUUUGAAGUGUUUUACGAUCCCAAUGACUUAGGAAGAGCAACUAGUAUUGCGUAUGUGGGUCCAUCGGUGUCACCAUAUUAUGAUUUAAAUCUAGGAUAUCGAAUAUACUAUGUUGAUGGGGACCACGAUGCCACAACCAGGCUAGUAGUGGACCAUGAAACGUGGAUAAUGAAUCUAAAAGAAGCUAAUUUGUUUGGUUAUCCCAUUUGGUACAAACUGUACUCCGCACGGUCAGCCUACAUGAUGCCGUCUUUGAGACCACAAGACUGGGACAAAUUUAUCGACGACAUGACUGCGAAAGAAGAUCUGUUUAACUUAUACCAUAAGCACUAUUGGAAGAACAGUCCGCGUCGUGGAACAUGCGACGGAGAAUGUCGAAAGCGUUUAAUAUGCGACGCGCGAUCUGGCAGGUCGCAUGACCGUCGUGCGCUUUGUGUGAACAUAGAAGCCCGAAUCGACGGCGCUUCGCCCACCCCGCAGAGUUGGCGCGCCUGGUUUUACAAUGGCCUCCCAAGUGUACAGCAAGUCUAGGGUGAUGGGUCUUUUAGGUGCUGCAUGCCAGGAUGUCAAUGUUGAUGCAAAUACCACAAGUGGCUUAUCAAAUACCAAAGUUUGUAAUGGGGCUCGGCUAAUAGACAGGAUCUACUACAACACAGUUAUCGCCGCCGGAUUUAUUUUUGUUGCUCCCGAUAGAUCAGCUCGAAAAAAUAUAUUCUCAUCAAUUCUAAUAUGUAAGAUCAUUAAGAUGUACAACAUUAUUCACUAUUCCAAGUUUUAAUAUUUAUUAAAACAUCUCAUACAACACAUUCAUGUCGGUGGUUAACUUUAGUUUUUAAAUUAUUAUAACGUUAAGAGCCUUCUUGUAAAUAUCGUCUGUAAAUUUUGUAAUUAUACUUUUUAUAUGUUUAAAA